AUGUCUAUUCGCAAUGAUAGCCGCUGGGCCGCGCCGGAGAGACAGCCGGCCGUCACAUGUCUGUCAGUUCAGCUCAUUGAACUCAUUACACAAUUGGAAACUCCUUCCCUCCACCUCGGACCUAAGCACCGAGACAAUCAUUGUUAUUAUACCCUCAGUACAGUUAUAAAAGGGCCAUUAGAUCCUUUAUAUCUCAAAGAUCAGUUAUUCCAAGAAGAUGAGCAUAUAAACAAGGCAAUGAGGUUUGUUGGUUUUUUGAUCAGUCCCAAGUUUAAAGAAAUUAUUUGGGAAAUAGAAGAUAUGAAUGAAUUUCAAGAGGCCUAUGCGUUUUUAGAAGAAAAAGGCUACGACAUGAAAUUCGUGAUUGAUGCAAUUAAUUCAGACUUAAAUUUGCCUCCAUUCAAACCGCAGCCUAUUGAAAGGUAUGACAGUGGGGUUUCUGGCUUUCUAGCUGCAGUUAUGGGCUCUGUACCGAUCGAAGAUGUGAAAACUCUAUUCAAAAAUAAAUUAGAAAAUAAUGCAGAAUUUAAGGGUCUGUUUGAAAUUGUGAGCUCGUCGGAAUUCAAGGAUAUUUUAAAAAGGAUGUCAAGAAAUGCAAAAUUUUCUGAAUUUAAAAAUACAUUCGAGAGUUAUGGAGUUGACUUUGAAUUCGUUUGCGAAAUACUUAAGGAAGUUUAUACCGAUUACGACGGCAUCUUUUGUGAUCAAUAA